UUUGAUUUUUUGUUUUUCUCUUGCUUUCUUCCUUCACAGCUCGUCUCGGCCAAUCCGAACCAGCGGAACUGGCGAGGGAUCCUGAUUGCACUGCUGGUCAUCAUAGUAGUGCUCGCCCUGAUCGUUACAUCCGUGGUACUGCUGACACCCCCGGACGAGGGUCCUCGUGUGAAGGGCCAACGAAUACGGUUGCAGGACAUCAUCGAUGGCGAGUACGCACCGAAGAAGCUCAACGGCAGCUGGAUUGGACCCGAUGAAUUCCUCUACCAAAACCACUGGGGGGAAAUCAGUUUGCUCAACAUGAAUAAUCUCUCCGAACGGGUGCUGAUGUCCAACACGACAAUGAAAACGCUCGCCCCGGUGAAGUUUUCCAUCUCGGCCGAUCGACGAUACCUGCUGCUAGCGCAAAACGUCCAGAAACUGUUCCGACACUCCUUCCUGGCGCAGUACACCGUCUACGAUAUCACCACCAGCGAAACGAUCCCGCUGACGAUCAAUUCGCAAAUGGAUGAAUGGCCGUACCUGCUGCACGCCGAGUUCACACCCAAGGGACAGUCUAUCGUGCUGGUGUACGAGUACGACAUCUACUAUCGUCCAUCAGCCCGGGCACUGCAGGCCUACCGGCUGACCAAGAACGCUAUCCCCGGCAUCGUUUACAACGGUGUGCCCGAUUGGCUGUAUGAAGAGGAAAUCCUGCACACCAACAAAGCCAUUUGGCUUUCGACCGACGGCCACCUGAUGCUGUACACCACCUUCAACGACACGCUCGUGCAGGAGCAACAGUUUGCCUGGUACGGCACGGCGACCGGUGACAUCAAUCUCUACCCCCAGAUUCGCUCCCUACGGUAUCCCAAACCGGGCACCAGCAACCCUACCGUCACGCUGAACGUCGCCGAUCUGACCGACCCGAAGAGCAUUCGAAUGAACAAGCUUACCCCGCCACCGAUUCUGCUCAAUCAAGAGCAUUACUUCACCAGCGCAUCCUGGGUGUCACCGUCGGAGGUCAGCGUAGUUUGGAUGAACCGACCCCAGAACCUAUCGGUCGUGACGCUGUGCAAAAGCCCGAUGUGGUACUGUCAGGAGACACACCGGAUUAGUGGCGAUGGACGCGGCUGGGUCGACGAGAUGUCCGUACCGUUCUUCAGCCUUAAUGGCAGCUCGUACAUUGCCAUCUCACCGUUGCGCGAUGGAUCCGCAGGACACUUCCGGCACCUGGUCCACGUACACAUCGGCAAGAAACGCAUCAUACCGUUGACGCAUGGUCGGUUUGAGGUUAAUAAAAUCCUCCACUGGGAUCAGGCGAAUAAUUUCGUCUACUACCUCGGUAUCCCGGAGCAUUCACCGGCCCAGCAGCAUCUGUACCGGGCCUCCUCACUGCCACCGAAACAGGGCACCUCCCCUAGACCACCGCGCUGCCUCACCUGCAGCCAUCAGCACAGUGCGCACGCGCACGUCACGAUCAAAGCAUCGAACCGGGUGCAGCAACAAUGGAACGACGAUUGGGAGGAUAUCGAGGACGAGGAGGAAGAGUACGUCGAGGAGCCGAUGACGACACCACCCACCAAGCGAAAGCGAAAACCGUCCGAGCCGGAAGUGGUAGCACCGGUACCGCCAAUGCCCUGCCAAUACUUUACCGCCGUCUUUGCGCCGAGCAAUAGCGAGUACGCACUGAUCGAGUGUCUCGGUCCGAUCGUACCGUUCAGCGCCAUCUAUCGCAUCGUGCCGGACCUGGCCAAGAGUCCGACGCAGGUGCUGUACUACCUGCAGAACAAUACGGCGUUGGCCGAGCGCAUCAACAAGGUGGCACUGCCGCAGGUCAAAUCCUUUCCGGUAAUGAUCUCGGGCGGAUAUCAUGCCCAGGUGCGACUGUUCCUACCACCCGGUCUGCGGGAGGAUGAAAUUACGCGCUAUCCCAUGAUCGUUCACGUAUAUUCCGGCCCAGGUACACAACUCGUCACAGACAAGUGGCGCGUCGAUUGGAACACCUAUCUCGCGGGCACGAAAGACUACAUCGUAACGCAGAUCGAUGGCCGAGGAUCGAGCGGUCAAGGCUAUCAGCUGCUGCACGAAGUCUACCGAAGGCUCGGCACGGUCGAAGUGUCCGAUCAGCUUGAGGUGGCCGAAUAUCUGCGUGACAGUUUGCACUUUGUCGACAAGCGGCGGGUCGGUAUCUGGGGCUGGAGCUACGGUGGAUACACGGCAGCCCUAGCCAUGGCGAGCCCGACCAGCCUGUUCCAGUGUGGCAUUAGUGUGGCGCCCGUCACUAACUGGAAGCUAUACGAUUCAACGUACACCGAACGGUACAUGGGCAUGCCGAACGUUACCGACAACUACAAGGGCUACGAGGACAGUGAUCUGUCGAAGCACGCCGAGAAACUGCGAGACAAGCAGUUCCUGAUGGUUCACGGUACGGCGGACGAUAAUGUGCACUUCCAGCAGAGUAUGGUGUUCUCGAAGGCACUCUCGAGCAAGGGAGCACUGUUCAAGCAGCUGAUCUAUCCGGACGAGGGCCACAAUCUGGCCGGCGUGAAGAAGCACCUCUACCGGUCGAUGACGCUCUUCCUCGAGGACUGCUUCCGGAAGCUGGUGCCGCUAGAUGUAAAGCCCGGCCUGGGCAAUGGUGGCUCCAGUGAUUAAUAUUUGCUUGAUUACUUCGGUGCUACUGAUUCAGCUUCAAGUUUCAUGUAAAAGUUUCUCACUCUUCUCUAGCAAAAUCGCUCCCUUUCUACACUUGCUCUAGCUCGGACAGCUUGUCUGCACGGGAAAUGGUGCGCAGUGAUGGUUACGCACGGGGUAAAACUACCAGGAUCAAAUAGGGAAAACUCUUCCCGACAUUCCCCCAUCCGAUCGAUUUCGAUCGUUCCGCAGCAACAUCAUCACACGCAGCGGAUGGUAGUAACACACGAGACACCUCUCAGUGCCUGCCCAAGGCACCAGACCCUAACAAGAGCUUCAUGCGUAAACACACACACACACACACGCACCGGCCCUCGUGAAAGUAAGGAAAGGGAAGCGAAACAACAAAUAGGAAACAAUGCGUUACACACAAACUUGUAGUUGAGCCAAUUUCUGCGUAGUAUCUGAAGUAGGAUUUUCACAUGCCGAGUGACUUUCUCUUUCACUCGGCAGCACGGUAGAAACGAACAGGAGGGAAUGGGAGAACGGGGCGGGCGGGUAGAAGCAAGAGUUAGCUCUCAGCUGGAGUGUCGGACCCGGCACAGCGCAGCGCAUAUCCUUCGCCGCCAGAUGCCGCCAGCCCGGCCCAGCACCCUUUGGGCCUCAAAAAUCCAAACCCGCAUUCACUUGGGUGAGCAAAUACACUGCAUCAUUAAAACGGCACCUCGCCAAACGUACGCUUGCCAUCGAGCGUACACCGAAGCACACGAGCGGCAUCACAGACGGAAAGCAAACAGUCGCGAAACAUUAUAAAUAACCCCGGCACACCGGUGUGUGUAUGUGUGUGUUAGAAUAAAGGGAAUAGAGUAUAACCGAGACUCGAGCAAGAUUCUGGGAACAUUUGUUAGAUAGUUGGCGCGUGCAAUCGUGUCGCAGGGAUGUUGGCACGUUUUGGCGCUUCAGCGCUAUCCCACGGUAUCCCGGAAUGACUUUAAUUGCCUUCCCACUUGCAGUUUACUUUGGGACUAUUCCCAUACACUCUCGAGUGAAAGUCAGACAGAUGAAAAAAGGGGAAAGAAAAGAAACAAGGAAAAGCCAUCACUAGAACAAUUGUCGGCAAACAGAAUGGAUAACAAGAGCACAUGAAAAAGCAAGUAGGUUCUUAAAGAGAAAAUCACCAAACAAUACUGUAAUAGUAAACACAAUAAUGUAAAGCGACGACAUUAAAGAUAAACAAAACAACACAACAGGAACAAAAAUGAGGACAAGAAAAAAUAAUACGGUUGUGACAAAUUAAACAAAACAAAACACGAACAACGUGUGACUGCGAAGAGUUCAGCACACGUCAUCGAGGUGGAAAUGAAUGCAAGCAUCACCUGCUGAGUGACGGCAUUGGCCGGAAGGGUCGUUGUCCUUUCUGGCACAUACAUGCAUGCGAUACACCCUACUGAGCGUCGUCACCCUGGGCUGGGCAGAGACAGUGCAAAAUUAAAAGGUGUGCAGCAGCACCCAAAGGAAUUCGAGCUGACUCGCGCUGAACCCUUUCCCAAUUAUCUUUCCCCAGCAUUAUAGAGUUUAAAGCUAAACAAAACUGUACAUAUAUCAAAACGAACGUGUGAUAGUCGGAAUCAGUGCGGAAACCGCGCUGAAAAGGUGGUCUGUAAAAUCAACAGCAACAGACCUUAAAGCGCGUGCAAUGUAACAAUUAGCAAACCCGCGAGGUGUAGAUGAACACAAUCGUACAUUACCCUGUUCGAUUGGACUUGGGACGUGUUUGCGCAAGGUGGCGUCUUUUGGUUGCAGAAACGGUGUAUAAAAGUUCCCAUAGGAAUGUUUCGGAAAGUGAUGUAGUUAAUAACAAUAAUAAUAACAAUAAUAAUAGUGGUGUUUGUAAAUUUAUCCCUAACGAGAUAACAAGAAACAAGUUCCCGAUUCUUAUGCAGCCAUGUUCGGCGAGGACGAGAGAAGUGAUCCUUUUCCAGCCUCAUAAGUCAUACUUCCUAUCAUAUGUCCUUUACUUUAUUGUGAGUAUAUACAAUAAUACUUAAAUCCUUUUUCCCCCGUUCCCAUACGGCUUUGCUUUUAACGAAUGCGCGUACAGCACUACCUUCUGUUAAUGCAUUCAAGCUCAAGGUUUAAAGCAAUACAACUAGAAACAAACACAACCAGUCAUAUCAACUACCUGAACACUGUCGUUUACACCGACUCAAAACAUCAGAAAGUACAUUUAAUCGUUAUCUUUGCACACAAGCACACAAGCUAGCCAAUAUAUUUUUCAACUGUUUGUUUCAAUCUCCUCCACUGAAGCUGCUCGCGAACAGAACGUUAGCCAAUGCGAAUGGGAAAACUAAUCGUACUGAUCUAUCUGAACCCAUGCGCCAGUGCGCCAACCCAGUGGAAUUAAACAGGGUCAGGCCCCAGUUGGAGCUGUUUUUUUUGCUCCCUCUCUUUCGCUUUCUCUUAUUUACACUCUAGCCUCCCCGUUCUCAGGGGAAAUGGAAGGUACGGUGCGUAACCCGUUGUUUUAAAUUUAAUUAACACCCCGGAGAUGGUAUCAUCCCGGAAAGCCACCGGAUGGCCACAGCUCGUGCUCCGGUUUUGACAGCGGGCUCCACCCGAAUGGUCCUUUCGGGUGGCGCCAUUUUCAGUCAAAAAACCCCAAGCAGACAACCAUCUGUUGAAACGAAGGACACACCCAAGGACACAUACACACGCACACACACGCACACCCACCGAGCGGAUGUGGGUUUUCCAAUUUUCUCCGAACCAUUGCAUCCCCUUCCUCCGAAUCUUUCCGCAUUUGGAGGACACAGAUUUCAUGAGUGUUAAAUUAAUUUACGAUUAUGAUUUUGCUCGAUUUCACACAUUUGCCAAACCGCACCACAACAACCGAGAGUGGGUGUACGUUUAGGGGGGAGUGGAGACGGGGUGGGUUGUACAUGGUACAAUUGCCAAUUUCUCGUACCGGGGACGUUCCAUUCCCUUUUAUCGGGGGUUCUCGGGGCGGUGUGUGUGUGCGAGUGUGGUUGCUCCGAUGCCUUUCCCGAUCGAACAUGGGGUAGAGAUUAAACUCAAAGCUCUCUGCUAGUCUGGUGGGAGCGUGGGUCUAACCGACACACUGAGCCGAGUGUCGAGUUAGAUUAGAAGAGUUUUUUUUUUCGUCGAUGUUGUUAUGUGUCCUUGCUUUUGCUAGUUGGAUUUUUAUUUCCAGUAGGUUUAUUAGAAUUUAUGAGAACGCUGUUGAACGUUGUGCCGUUGUGCUGAUGGCAUGGCCUUCAGUGCCGCCUAACAUUAUGAGGUGUGACACCAUGAAACCGAAGGGCCAAACGACUGGGUUUUUUUGGGGAGACAGGAACGAUUGAUGAUGUCCGUUGAAGAACUCUAAUUCUCGAUGGUCUAAUCCCUUUGGAAACUUAUUUGGGUCUUCUUUGGGCCCUAAUCUAACAAUUAUUUAUGAUAUCUUUCAUUUAUCAAACCACUACCUAACUACUCAGAAACAAUGCAAACAUUUCAAAAUGUUAUGAAAUUACACCUGUUUUUCUGUACGAAAGCUCAACGCAGCCGGGAGCAACUAUACCCAAAUGAUUAUGAGUUUUCCCGCUCCUGUUUACCUUUUGCUUUCCAGUUACGAGCCUCAUUCUCAUGCAUACACCGAUACGAAGGGUUUUACGAUUCAACCAUAAACCGCUCGCCCUCUUCAUCGCCGAAGAUGGAUCGUCAAAUCCCGUUGCGAGUUUUGAUACUUUAUUAUUUACCUUUGCCGGGGAACGCACGAAAGGAUGAUGCUCUCAGCAUACUGAAGGGGUACAACAACAAAUGUAAAAUCCCCCAUUCUGCACCCAGGCGCUGGUAUUAUCUGCCAGCGGCCAAUACACAUGUGAAUACGAGAUUUGCGUGUGCUGUAUGCGUGUGCGUACGUCUACGAAACAAUUCCAACGCAUACACCGGCGCUGGUUCGCCAAAGAUUACAAACAAUCCCUGUGCUCUUUCCCCAUCUGGCUGGUCGGAAGCGGGAUGUGAUGUGAAAUUCAAACACAAAUACUACCGACCCUCCCCCCUCAGGCAACACGUGUAUUCCUUCCCCAAAGCCAUACCCACGUUAUCUUAUUUUUUAACCGCGUCACGGAGCUUUUGGAUGGAAAUGUGUGAUGAAAGCGCGCGCACACUCUCUCGCCCUCGUAUAUCAGUUGCACGAUGAUGCGUGGAAAUCAUUACCCCGCAUCUGCCAUCGGAACAACGAGAGGAAUAAGAAAAAGAACGCAUAACUUUCCGCUGAAAGCUUUCGAAAGGAUGAGUUUUACCUUUGAGUUCAUAUGGCUUGACUGUGUUCCAUUAGGCUCUUGUGUAACAGAGACGCAUUAUGCCACACGUCCUUGCGCGAUUGCUUGCGGUGGUGUGCGGUUUGCCUAGAGCGGAACCGACACCGAGUCAUGUUUCUGUUUUGUGUAAGCAAAAGGUUUUGUAAUGUCAGGGGGAGGGGAGGGUUGCUAUCAUUGUACUUUAAGAAACAAUUUAGACCGACCAACAUUAAUCACUUGAUGGUGAUGUUUGCAAUAAAACGGCGCCGAAUAAUAACGCGCCUCCAGUAGUACCCACGAUAGCGCCGGCCGGUUGCGUAAAUAAAUGGCCACCGUUUCCGUUAAUGGUUUCUGUGCGUUCGUAAACUAACUUUUUCGGUGGUCUUUUGCACGUGGAAAGGGUUUUACUUUACCGAAACGCCUACCCUCUGACGCUUGUAUUCUUGCUUCGUAAUAGGCUGAGAGUGUUAUGUGAACGCUUUUUCCCCCAUACCAUUUAAUGUGAUACGCUCCCUUGUACCUCGUCAUUCCAUAGUUAUGACGAAUUAAUCAUCCGAUCAAAUCGAAAUUACUGUUACGAGAAAAGUUAUUCCUUGUGUCCUUUGUGUUUGCAUCUUUCUUUUGCGUUUUGGGGGUGCGUAGAAACACGUGUUGAUGAGUUGCUUUUGGCGAUAGGAUAUCCGUUUCGUGUUGCUUCCUUUAAUCCCAUCGAGACGCCUGCGUGCGUGUUUUUCCUUUUUCUCUCUCUUUCUCUCUCUCUCUCUCUCUCUCUCUCUCUUUCUCUCUCUCUCUCUCUCUCUCUCUCUUUCUCUCUCUCAAUCAUAUCAGUGAUAUAACAGUAGACACCUUUCUGUGUGCUCGAGACAUUUACAGGGCAAUCAACGCAUAGCAAUUAUCACACCUCCUCGAACUCUGCUCAAACCAUGAUUGGUAAUCUGAUGCUGAAUAUUUACUACAAGCUCCCGUUAUAAGCUACCGAUAACUUACCCACGAAUUAGCGUGCAAAUAGUCCUACUAUUCGAAGCCACAGACAGUCGAAAAGUAGCUAAUAUAAGUUAGUGUUUGGUUCUUGGAUUGUGACAACAUGUUCUGCUCCGUUUGUUCCGUUUGCUUGGUAGUACAGAGCACCAGAAUAAAAGCAAACAUGUCAAUAAGUAGAUAAAGUUGCCGCUCUAUUGCUUUAAUCUUCAGCAAAAACCCUUUCCAAUUGGUAUGUUUUUCUUUGCAAACCCCCUUAUUACGGAUACUGCUGAACUGAGCAGCAGCAUACUGGUUAGAGAUUUACUUCUUAGCGAACACAUAAACAAAACCAAUAAUAAUUAUACAAUAAAAAGAAGAACAAAAAAAACAGAUAAGAUGCUAGCAAUAAGACCCCAGCUCUUCUCUACUAGACCUUAAACCGCACCGCAAUAGCGGAUGCUCGAUUAGUGUAGCGAAUAGGAAUAUAAUAAAUUAAGGGUCCAAACAAAGCAAGAAAUAAAAAUUGUUGAAAACAUGAGUUUAAAACUUAUAUACCAUACAUAGUUUGAAAGUUGUAAAACCAAAAACUCUUCAAAAACGGUUCAAAAGAGGUCGACGUCAAAGUGACGUGUGCAAUUAGCAAAAGCUCGAGUUUACUAUAUAGAUCAGGAUAGUAGUAGUAGUAGUAGUAGUAAUAGUAGUAGUCGAUGUUGGGGCCACUCUUUCUUGCUCCCUCUGUUGCUCUGUCUCUAGCGUUUGGUUUUGGAGAAGAGAGAAGGAGAGAGAGAGAGAGAAAUGGCUCAAACCCCAUGUGUCCAUGAAUAUGUGUGCGUGUUUUUGGUGUGCGUAGUCGUUAAAUAGUAGCAGCCUUCGAUGUUCUUCUUCAAGUUUUGCCAACCAUUCAAAUCAGUGAAAAAGGAUGGUUUACGUGUACAUAUAGCAGCAUUUUACCACAUACGCAAACAAAUCUUUUCUUUUGUGCUUAAAGCAGAACAUAGUUUAUGUAACAUCAAGAAACAUUAUUUAUACCAAUACUCGUUGCAUUUCACACAUAAUAAGUCGAAAACAUUCAUCAAUUUCUUGAUCUAUUUGAAGCGCUUAUACCUGUACAAAGCAAACACGAAUUUCUAACAAAAGCUGUUCAAUAAAAAAAAAUGCCGAAAAGAGAACCGUUCUUUUCCAGCGCUGAAUCAAAGAAAGUUAAAAGUAUUUUUUUCGGAAUGAUUUUAACAAUCAAACGAUUUGAUGAAUGCAGGGCGUUUACGCUGGACGAACCCCGUCCGAUCAAGGGUGUAUCGCCCCCUGUUUUAUCAUGCGUCAGAACAGACACAAUUCUAAACGAGAGAAUUUAUCAUUAAACGAAACCAAAGAGGAACGCAACAGUGUACUGAGCUAGACGCAAACCGUACGGCACAGAAACAGGGUUAGUAGCUAUCGUUCGUGGUUGCCACAGAAAAGCUCACCGUACGGCAAAUAAAGUUGCGCCCCACAUUGCGUACCGUAUUGUACACAAGCAGCAUCCACAGUUGCGUCCACAGUCGCAGCGUUGUAUGCAAUAAAGUCGAAGGAAAACAACCCAUCAUUCGUCACGAUGUGCUGUGCAGAUAGAUGGUACACAUUUAUUGUUUGACCAUGUAAAAACGUUUGAAAAAUAAUUAAAUCUACAAAAAGUGCACGUGUAUAAUACGAAGCAAAACACUAUGACAACUAUUACUCUUAAAACAAACAAACAAAACUACGCUUGCGUCACAGCAUCAAAAUUGCAAUUUCAACGAUUUGGAAGGGCAGCAGUAAGCAGCCUCUGCGAUAUCUCGCCGUACCACUGGGUUCGUGAUAGUGUGCAGCCAAAUGUGUUUGAGCAGCAACAAAUCACUCUAGCAAUAAUUGGGAUCCUCAUUCCUGCGGGAUGUGGGCUCUAGACUUUCGUACCGUUUGCCUUUUUAAAUUACUGCUCUGUAAUACGAGACAUCUUGAAACUGCAUGUGACGAGCGAACAAGCCAGCAGGCACCGCACUCUACUCAACCACCGUAAACGAAACAGUUAUAGAACGUAAGCAAGUGAAACUAUCCGAAAAAAAACAAACGACACAUAAAACUGCGUUAACUAUUAUGUUCGCUUCUAACAUGAGGUGAAAUAUGUAAUCGAAAAACCCACAAUAUGUACAAAAUAACACACAAGCGCCGGAAAGCGUGCUGGCAAAUGUACGCAAAAGCGCGCGGCAUUACGCAUUACAUACACACAAACACACUUCAUUGCAUAAGUAGUGAAAGUAGCAAGAACAUAUUGUUCCCCCUUUUCUGCAGCAGAGCAUAAUGCGCGUGGCGCACAUUCGGCCGAGAAGGAUGUAUUUCUAAACCCCACCGACGGGCGGGAGUCUCUAAGCUAACACUGUUACCCAUUCUUUCACUGUUCUACACAUCUAUUCUCCUAUUAAGCUAUUGAUUUGAUUCUCCGCAGUUCGAAUUUAACCGGUUUUAAACGAUACAAUAAACACCCCCCUUAUCAUUGUUUGCCACUAUCGGGGAUGGACCAUCUGUUCGUAUUCAUAUCAGCGUCAGUCCAAUUCCUUAACGGUCGCUAAAAGUAGCUAAAUUCUAUGGACUACAGUUCUACUUCAAUUUCCCCCUUCUAAAAGCUCAAAUCGGCGGACCACCAAUAGCUAAGCGGUGGACAGUAUUACUGGUGUACAUAGCCAAAGCUAGCGAAACUCCCUAUAUCCAACACAGGUUAAAAAUAGAACGCGUUCUGCAUAAGCUCUCCAUUAAACGAAUGCAAAUAAAGUAAGAAGUAAAUGCUAAUCCAAAAGCAGUAAAGUGACUACAAGCUACUAAUAUGAAGAAGCAAAACACGAACAGAAACAAGACAACAAAUACAAAACAUAACAAACCAAAUCACUUAGUAUAUAAAUUCUACCUUCGGUUUCUGUUUAUGCAAAGCAGGAAGGAGCGUACGAAAGAAAGUGUAGUUGUGUAAGUGAAGAAAAAGAAAAACAUAUAAGCAAAACUAUACCAAAAAGUAAAAGCGACAACCACAAAAUCAAACAAAACGAUAUGAAAACAAAAGAAAUCACAACAAAUACUCCUAGCAGGAAAGUAGGAAACUGUUAAAUAUUUACAAAAAAAAAACAACAACAACAACUCCCUCUUUCGUCUCGAGCUAGCCUGAAAACUGUUACAUUCUGAAAAAAAAACACUAAACUAAAGCAAAGCCAAUAAUAUGUAAGUUAUUAUACAUAUAUCUUGUAAACGCGUAAAGUAAGCAAUUGAGUGGAGUGCGAGAGCAGCCUAGCCAGAGUGUUACAGGCAGCACAGUACAUCAAGCAAGUGAGAUAUAACACUACACACACACUCACACACCAAGCAGAAGCAGAAACUGGAUACUAAUUGCGCGAGUUCAAUAAAGAAAGAUAUUUUAAAUUCA